GCCCAAUGGCUGAGUAGUAUACUCGUCAGGGCACCCUCCUGUCUAGCCCAGGGGCCGGGUUCGAGUCCUGGUUAAGGCACAUAAAGUGAAGCAAACAUGUGCCAGGUCAGGGAUUUGCUUGAGUUUUUAUACUUUCUCUCCGAGACAGCCUAGUGUUCUCCGCUAAGGCUAAGAUCGUGGGUGCACUACCCUAAGUCGCCUGGCUGGCCACAUGUCUUAGGUAUAUAUUCCACCCCCAGCCGAACCAGCGGUACAUCUGGCAGCACAUCCCCCCAUCCACCCACUUGACUAGGACAGCGAUGAUCACAAAGUUUGACGGAGUCCAAAGUAGAAAUUUCAGACCAAUCCCGCAAGAUUUGGGUCCACAUGCCAGUGGAUUUGAUCGAAUAGAAAAAAUUAAAAAGUCGUCCUUAGCUAGAGUCGGCACGCCAGCCUCCGCGGCUUUUCACGGGCGCAACAGGCCACAUCGGAAGGAUGGACUUCGAGUACCGAUCACGGUGUACAUUGCUUAUGAUGAAGCCCAUAGCUAUCGACAGGCCCCCAACAAGACGAUUGACAGCGCGGUCCAAAAGAUGCAAUUGUUCUUCCGACGCGUCGCUAUUGAUGACGAUGAAACCAAGUGUCGACUGCUCUCUGCCGCACACCAGCCCGAACUACACCAGUCUUUAGGGAGCGACCAACGAACAGUGACGACUCCGAUGCCUUCGACAACGCGAAACUGCACGGAGGCAUUGCCUGCCAACAACACUUCUACAGGACAGCCUACGCAGGUAAACAAUCUCAGUGACGGACUAUAUAGAAUCAGAAGACCUUCUUGCAGCCGGGCGGCUGCAAGCCCGAAGAACGGCAGAAAGUCAUCCGUAUCAUGCCGAGUCCGCUACAAGGAUGAGGUUCUCGAGAAUACUCUCUCCUACGCCAAGCCCAAGACGAACUACUCCAAGGAUGGACUCGAAUUCGACCGUCACAACUCUGCCAAGACAAGCCGUCCAGCCUCCGCCGACCACUCCUUCGCAAGUAGCAAGAAGAAAGUAUAA